AUGAAACAGAGUUCAAUCCUGCUUUUGCAGCUCCUUCUGGGGACGUGCUCGGCUUAUUCCUAUCAAAAUGUGGCCUUGCGUGGAAAAGCGACCCAGUCAAACCGUUUAGAGCACGCAUUGGGAUCUGCCUACAAUGCUAUUGAUGGAAACCGUGAAUCUAACUACCCAGCUGGAUCAUGCACCCACACAGUUGAAAGACAGACCAACCCAUGGUGGAGAGUGGACCUGCUGGAACCCUAUAUUGUCACUUCUGUCAUUAUCACCAACAGAGGAGACUGCUGUCCUGAAAGCAGACUUGUGGAGGGACGUUAUGUGACCGUGGCUUUACCUGGUUCAGGAAAGGUCCUUACACUCUGCGAAGUGGAAGUCUAUGGGUACCGUGCCCCAACCGGAGAGAAUCUGGCACUCCAAGGAAAAGCCACACAGUCGUCACUGCAUUCUACAGGUGUUGCAAAUAAUGCCAUAGAUGGGAAUCGUGCCAGCAACUGGGCCCAGGGCUCUUGUACUCACACAACGAGCGAAUUCAACCCCUGGUGGCGACUGGACCUGGGCAAAACCCAUAAAGUGUUUUCUGUUAACAUAACCAACUACUUAUCUUAUUUACGACUUAAUGGAGCUGAGAUCCGAAUUGGAGAUUCUCUUGAAAACAAUGGCAACAACAAUCCCAGCUAG